AUAGGUGAGUUAAAAACACGCAAGGGGAAGGGAGAGAACGCGAGAGAGACGCGAGAGAGAGGUGAGAGAGAGGUAGAGCUCAAGGGUUUCUAUUGUUCUUGGGGAGGAGACGCCAUGUCGCGAGAGGACGAGGGCGAUAAGCGCGUCGCGGACAUCGAUGCUGCCAUUCGCGUGGUGCCCGAUUUCCCAAAGCCAGGGAUCAAGUUUCGAGACGUGACAACUCUUCUGAGCAACUACAAGGCGUUUAAAGACACCAUAGACUUGUUCGUCGAGAGGUACUCGGACAAGAAGAUCGACGUGGUCGCGGCCAUUGAAGCUCGUGGAUUCAUCUUCGGUGCGCCUAUCGCUCUGGCGCUCGGUGCCAAGUUUGUACCGCUCAGGAAGCCCGGAAAAUUGCCAGGCGAAACCAUUUCCGAGGCCUACACGCUAGAGUACGGCAAGGACUGCAUGGAAAUGCAUGUUGGAGCGGUCACUGCGGGCGAGCGAGCGCUCGUCAUCGACGACCUCAUCGCCACAGGCGGUACGCUCCGGGCAGCGAUCAGAUUACUGGAAAGAGCCGAGGCGGAGGUGGUAGAAUGUGCUUGCGUUAUCGGAUUGGUAGACCAGAAGGGACAGGAGAAAUUGGGUGGUACUCCGCUGUUCGUUCUGGUAGAAUGCGAGGGCGAUUAAUAAUGUGGGUGUGUUGGAAUUCGCAGCUCUCGAGUUACUAUCGAGGAUGAUCAAGCCAAAAAGUUGCUAACGAACGACUGAAAGAGAGAAGAAAGGGAGGAAAGAAAUGAUGAAAGAACAAAGGCCGCAUUCAUUUGAAGCUAAACUAUUCUUUUA